AUGGCUGACGUCAUGGGUGCAGAUGCUGGUGCUGCUGCAGGGGAAGCGGGAAUUGAGAGGGAGUGUGCAGCAGUAGGUGCUGAUGGUCCUUCGGAGUUGACUGGAAAGGCCACAGCAGGUGCUGAUGGUCCUUUAGAGUUGACUGACAAGGCAACAGCAGGUGCUGGUGGUCCUUCAAAUUCGACUGACAAGGCAACAGCAGGUGCAGGUGGGGCAAGCUUGGCAGGCAGGAGUGCAGGUGCAGAAGCGCAGCAAGAGGAGGAGAUGGACGUGGUGUGGUUGAGCGACGACGAGGUUGAUGCUGACAGUGAUGAUGGCGGUGACAACGAGUACGCAGAACAGCUGCAGCAGCUCCUGUGGCAACAACAGCAGCAGCCGCAGCAGCCGCAGAAGCAGAAACAGCAGGGGCAGCAGGGGCAGCAGAGGCAGCAGGGGCAGCAGCAGGGGCAAUUGGGCAGCAGCAGAAGCAGCGGGAACAUUAACGGCAGCAGGAGGGGUGGUGGUGCUAGUAACGGGGUGGCUAGUAACGAGGAUGAGGAUGUGAUGGAGCUGAGCGGGCGGGAGGUGCAGGAAGCCAUGCUGCAGGCCAGGCUCAGAACCGCGCAGAGACAGAUGAUGCGCUCCAUGGGGGGCGGCACGCCAGGCGGCGUUCUGGGCGGCGUGCCGGGCGGCGUUCUGGGCGGCGUGCUGGGCGGCGUACUAGGCGGCCCGGUGGGCGGCAUGGUGGGUGGCAGCACGUUGGGCGGCAUGCCGGGUGGUGUACUGGGCGGCACGGUGGGCGGCAUGAUUGGAAACAUGGCACGGGGAUUGGGGAGUGGCAUGGGGAUGGGUACAGGAUUGGGAGUAGGCAGCGCUGGUGAUGGGAGGAGGGAGGGCAGGGGUGUGGCUGAAGGGGUAGGGAGAGAGGGGAGUGAGGGGAGUGAGAGUAGUGUGGUGAGUGUGAUAAGUAUGGCGAGUGAUGAUGAUGAGGAUGAGGUGGGCGAUGAGGUGAGGCAGCAGUGGGAGCAGCUGGGGAAGCUGAAGGCUGUUAUGUCGCCGCAGAGGCAGAGGGGUCAGCGGGACGAAGACCAAGGGGAUGAUGAUGAGGAGGAAGAGGACGGAGAGGGGGGAGAGGGGGGAGGUGGUGGGAGUGGGAGGAGGAGAGGGAGGGAAAGCGCAGGCGGGAAUGCACGGCAGUGGUUUGGGGUUGGGAUGGGAGGGAGAGGGGUGGAUAGGGAGGAGGAGAGGCGAGAGUUUGUGGAGGCGAGGAGGAGGAGUGCGGCUGACGCUUUGAGACACUUCAGGGGCAUGCGGGACGAGGGGCUGGAGGAGGAGGAGGAGGAAGAGGAGAGGGAGAGGGCGCGGGGGAGGCGUGGUGGGAAGAAACAACGUCUAGCAGCUCCAAUGCCGCCAGUGGCAGAGACGGCAACACCACGCGGCCUUUCCGCAGCUGCCACCUCAGCAGCUGCCACGUCAGCAGUGGGCGGUGCAGGUGGCGGCAGGGGCAAGCGCGUGAGCGGCGGCACGCUGGUAGUGUGCCCCACGAGCAUCCUGCGGCAGUGGGAGCGGGAGAUUCGAGAACGCGUGGGCGACCUGGGGGAUGCUGGCCCUGCUGCUGCUGUUGGUGGGGGGGGGAGAGAGGAGGGGUUGGCUAGCGGAGGAGGGGGAGGAGGAGGAAGAGGAGGUGGUGCAAGUGGGAGAGCAGGAGAAAGCGCAGGAGAAGGAGCUGGGAGACGGGGUUUAUCAGUGCUGGUGUAUCACGGGCCGGGGCGCACGCGGAGUGCUGCGGAGGUGGCAUCGUACGACGUGGUGCUGACCACCUAUGCCAUUGCUGCCAUGGACGUGGGGGGCGGGAGAGGCGGUGAUGGCGGCGAGGGGGGGAAAGGCAAAGGGAAGGAGCCUUCGUGGGAGGAGGUGAUGGGGAUUGGUGGGGGUGGUGGGGGAGGGGCGGGGGGGAAGAGGAAGGCUGGUGGUGGUGAGGGGGGAGGGGGGAGUGUGGGGGGUCCGCUUGCGGGGGUGGCGUGGCUGCGAGUGGUGCUGGACGAGGCGCAGGCGGUUAAGAACCGCAACACACAGGUAGCAAGGGCGUGUUGGGCGUUUUUGAGGACCAAGAAGCAGAACGCGGUAGCAAGGGCGUGCUGGGCUUUAAGAGCCAAGAAGCGGUGGUGUCUGUCGGGCACACCCAUGCAGAACGCAGUGGACGAUGUGUACUCCUACCUGCGCUUCCUGCGCUUCUCCCCGUACGACGAGUACGCAACCUUCCGCACCACCAUCAAGGACCCCAUCACGCGCAACCCCUCCCAGGGAUUUAAGCGCCUGCAGGCCGUGCUGCUGGCUGUCAUGCUGCGCCGUACCAAGGCCACGCGCAUCAAGGGAGCGCCCAUAGUGAACCUACCCCCGCGCAUAGUGGCGCUGCAGCGAGCGGAGUUCACACCAGAAGAGAGGGCCUUCUAUCUCUCCCUCGAGGCCUCCUCCAAGCGCCAGUUCCAUGACUACGCGGCGGCAGGCACGGUGCAAAACAACUACAUGCACAUUCUCACCAUGCUGCUGCGCCUGCGCCAGGCCUGCAACCACCCUGCCCUCGCCAAGGGCGCCCCCAUCGCCCAAGGCAAUGGAGGAGGAGGAGGAGGAGCAUCACGGGGGCACAGCGGGGUUGGAGCAGGAGGAGGGGGGAGUGGUGGGGCGGGUGGGCGGCGGAGUGUGUUUGCGGGGUCGGUGGGGAGGCUAUCAGCAGGUAAACGCGCCGAGUUAGUGCGGCAGGUUGCGCAGGUGGGGGGAGAGGCGGUGUGUGAGCUAUGCGGGGAUGCAGCGGAGGUUCCGGUGCUGUCUGUGUGCCUGCACACCUUCUGUGAGCAAUGCGCCCUGCAGCAUCUCGCUCAGUCUGACACCCCCCUCUGCCCCUGCUGCUCCAAACCCCUCUCGUCUGCGUCGCUCUGCCUGUUUUCGGAGCUGGAAGGUGUAGGGUUGGGGAUGGGUGCGGGAGGCGUGGUGAUGGGGAGGGGAGCAAAGGCAAGUACAUUAGCAGUAGCUGUGGCAUCAACUUCACUGGCAGACGGGAGGGGAGGGCAGCAGCAGCAGCAGCAGCAGCAGCAGCAGCAGCAGCAGCAGCAGCAGCAGCAGCAGCAGCAGCAGCAGCAGCAGCAGCAGCAGCAGCAGCAGCAGCAGCAGCAGCAGCAGCAGCAGCAGCAGCAGCAGCAGCAGCAGCAGCAGCAGCAGCAGCAGCAGCAGCAGCAGCAGCAGCAGCAGCAGCAGCAGCAGCAGCAGCAGCAGCAGCAGCAGCAGCAGCAGCAGCAGCAGCAGCAGCAGCAGCAGCAGCAGCAGCAGCAGCAGCAGCAGCAGCAGCAGCAGCAGCAGCAGCAGCAGCAGCAGCAGCAGCAGCAGCAGCAGCAGCAGCAGCAGCAGCAGCAGCAGCAGCAGCAGCAGCAGCAGCAGCAGCAGCAGCAGCAGCAGCAGCAGCAGCAGCAGCAGCAGCAGCAGCAUGAGGAGGAUCCACUGUUCUGCUCUCCCUCUCGCAUGUCCACCAAGGCUCGUGCUGUCCUCAACUACCUCCUCGCCCUCCCUCUCAUGCCCGCUGUUCCCCCUCCUUCCUCUGCUGCUCCUCCUGUUGCUGCUUCUCUUCCCACUUCCUCCCUUCCCUCCUCUCUCCCUUCUUCAUCCCUUCCCUCCUCACUCCCCUCCCCCCUUCCCUCCUCCGUUCCCUCCUCCUGUCCCUCCUCCCACCCUACCAUACACCCACCCAGGGCAAGUACUGUUUGUGGCCCUGUUCCCACAAGUAACCCUCCUACCUCCAAUUUUUUCAUCUCCACUCCGGCCACCUUCACUCCUCCCACCUCCACUCCCCCCAUCACUCCUCCCACCUCCACUCCUCCCACCUCAACUCCCCCCACCUACACUCCUCCCAUCACUCCUCCCACCUCCACUCCUCCAUCCGCCACCCUUCCCUCCUCCACCCCUCCCUCGGUAGCACCUGACGGGUUGGUGAAGGAGGAGGAGCAAGGGGGGGUGGGAGGUGGGGCAGUGCGAGGGGUUUGGGGAGGCAGUUCAGCAAAGCAUAGUGUGGGUGCAGGGGUUCCACGUGGGGAUGGGAGUGAAGGCGGCGGUGCAGGCAGCUCAGGUGGGAAUGCAGGUGGGCGUGCGUGCAUGGGAGGGGUGAAGGGGGAAGCAUGUGAUGGUGGGUUGAUGCUGCUGGAAGAAGAGAAGAGUGGUCAACAGCAACAGCAGCAGCAGCAGGAAGCGCAGAAGCAGGAGCCAGAGGAGGCAGAGUGGAUGGUGGGGCUGUGGGCAGAGAUUGCUGCGACCGCUGUGCUGGAGGAGGCUAAUGUGAUGCCUGCAGGGGCAGACCUACCACCUGCGCGUGUGUCAGGAGGUGCAGUGAAAUCUGAAGUGGUUGAGAAUGGUGAGGAUGUGAAUACAGGAGUGUUUUGUCCCUCAGGUGGAUGGGCAUCUGACCUACCUCUACCUGGUUCAUUACCAGACGCACCUGACUCAACACCUGACGUCCCGGAUGCAAAACCUGCUGUCCUUGCUUUAGCUUCUGCUGCACCUGGUUCCACACCUGACGUGCCUGAUGUUAAGCCUGUAAUUGCUUCUGCAUCCGCUGAUGCACCUGGUUCUGCACCUGCUGCAGCACGUCAUGCGACAGUCAAGAGGGAAGAGCAAGGGGCCGGGGGGGCAAGAGCUGCUCGGAUGGGGGUUGCGGGGGCUGACGUCGCUGGGGGGGUAGUGAAGGCGGAGAAGCAGGAGGCACAGGAGGGUGUGGGGGUGGAUGUGGGGGUGGGUGUGGGGGUGGGGUUGAGUGAGGGGGUGGGGUUGAGUGAGGGGGUGGGGUUGAGUGAGGAAAACACAGCCUGGCUGGUUGAGCUGAUGGGGCAGGCAGGCCAGGCAGGGCAGAUUGGGCAGGCGGGGCAGAUAGGGCAGGCGGGGCAGAUUGGGCAGGCAGGAGAGGCGGGGUCUUGGCAAGCAGGUGGGAUGGCAAAGGGGUGCCAGGAAGGUUGUGUGGAAGGUGCUGAUGGGAGUGGAGGUGGAGCAAGAGGGGCGUGUGGCAGUCCAGCUAGGUUCCAGAUCUCAGCAGCUGCACUCGCAUCAGCCCUGCGGCAUGUGGCACUGCCGCCUUCAGCAUUCCCUGCAGCCCCUGCCGCCACUGCCGCCCCUGCACCACCCACUCCCACUGCCGCCCCCGUGUCACCUCCUCUCCUUGCAUCUCCUGUGUCCCAUGCUCCACUUGUCACUUCUACAUCCUCUGCACAUUCUUCUCAUGCAAACCAUGCGCCCAUCGUCUCUCGUACACUCUCCGCACACCUUCCACCCCUCGCACCCCCUGCAGCCGCCCAUCUCCCGCGCCCCGCUCCUCCUCCUCCCGCCCCUGCUGCGUUGGCUACUCCCGUGGGAAGCACAGCAGGCAGGGCGGCAGAGGGGCAAGCGAGGGCAAGCACAGAACAGCGUGAGCUGGCACUGGUGCGUGUGGCACAGGAGAAAGCAUUAGCAAGUGUGGGAGAGGAGGUGGUGAAAGAUUUAGCACUAGGAAAUACUCCCUCGGAGGAGAGGGGAAAGGCGAUAGUGAGUGUUCCCCCUCACGUAAUGGUGAGGGAGAAGGCGAUCGUGUUCUCGCAGUGGACGCGCAUGUUGGACCUCCUCGACCUGCACCUGCCUGCUGCCGGCAUCUCCCACGUGCGCCUCGACGGCACCAUGUCCGUCACCGCUCGAGACAGGGCCAUUGCCGAUUUCACCACUGAUCCCCAGAUCACGGUGAUCCUGGUCUCCCUGAAAGCAGCCAGUGUGGGUCUGAACCUGAUAGCAGCAAACCACGUGAUACUCAUGGACCUCUGGUGGAACCCUGCUGUGGAGGACCAGGCAAUUGACCGCGCCCACCGCAUCGGCCAGACUCGCCCCGUGCGCGUGGCGCGCUUCACCGUGGCGGAUACCAUCGAGGACCGAAUCCUGGAGCUGCAGUCUGUUGAGAGCGACAAGGUGUGUGGUCUGUGA